GUGUGCGCUGCGUGUGCGAGCCAGCCAGCCGAGGGACAGAGAGAGAGAGACGCGGACAACAUGUCGGGAGACGAUGAACAGCAGGAGCAGACCAUUGCCGAGGACUUGGUCGUCACCAAGUACAAAAUGGGGGGUGACAUUGCAAACCGAGUCCUGAAGGCGGUGGUGGAGGCAUCAAAGGUGGGCGAGCUGGUGGUGGUGCUGUGUGAGAAGGGAGACGCCAUGAUCAUGGAGGAGACAGGCAAGAUCUUCAAGAAGGAGAAGGAGAUGAAGAAAGGCAUUGCUUUCCCCACAAGCGUAUCGGUCAAUAACUGCGUGUGCCACUUCUCCCCGCUCAAGAGCGACCCAGACUACGCCUUGAAGGAGGGAGACCUGGUCAAGAUCGACCUGGGUGUCCACGUUGACGGCUUCAUCUCCAACGUGGCUCACAGUUUCGUCGUGGGUGCGUCCAAGGACAACCCGGUGACGGGCCGGAAGGCUGACGUGAUCAAGGCAGCUCAUCUGUGCGUCGAGGCAGCGCUUCGGCUGGUCAAGCCAGGCAACCAGAACACCCAGGUUACAGAGGCCUGGAACAAGAUCGCGCAGUCCUUCAAGUGCACAGCUAUUGAGGGCAUGCUGUCACAUCAGCUGAAACAGCACGUCAUCGACGGGGAGAAGACCAUUAUCCAGAACCCAUCCGACCAGCAGAGAAAGGACCACGAGAAGGCAGAGUUCGCGGUCCAUGAGGUCUAUGCUGUGGAUGUGCUUGUCAGCACCGGAGAGGGCAAGGCAAAGGAUGCGGGUCAGAGAACCACAAUCUACAAGAGGGACCCCUCGAAGCAGUACGGCUUGAAAAUGAAGACGUCUCGCGCCUUUUUCAGCGAAGUGGAGAGGCGGUUCGAUACCAUGCCUUUCACUCUCAGGGCGUUUGAGGAUGAGAAGAAGGCGCGGAUGGGCGUAGUGGAGUGUGCCAAACACGACCUGCUGCAGCCUUUCACCGUGCUGUAUGAGAAGGAGGGAGAGUUUGUGGCUCAGUUCAAAUUCACAGUCCUUCUGAUGGCAAACGGGCCCAUGAGAAUCACCAACGGCCCGCUGGAACCCGAGUUCUACAAGUCAGAACAUGAGGUGCAGGAUGCGGAUCUCAAGGCACUGCUGCAGACCUCAGCCAGCCGAAAGACUCAGAAGAAGAAGAAAAAGAAGGCCUCCAAGACCGCCGAGAACGCUACAACCGGCGAGGGAGCAGAGGAGAGCGAGGCCGCGGACUGAAGAACCUGACGUCUGCGCCCCGAAAGCUGGCCUGCCCCCCUCGUUCCGUAGUGUCUGUACCGAACCCCGACUUGAAACGAGAACAACGACAGCCCCACUGCCACCUGCUUUUCUCUUUCUCUUUCCCUUUAAAUAGAGAGAAAGCAGCGUGUCAGACUGUUGGCAUGCAACACGUGCUCCUAUUGACCUGUGUGACUGCCCCGCUCCGCAGCAGGGCGACAGUAAUUACCAUGAAGUUAAUAACAGCAGCAAUGCCUACUAACCGUCAGGAUCUCCUGUUUGUACUUUUUUUAUAUACCUGCCGUGUGUUUUACUGAUCAGAAAUGACCCAGUCGCAGAAAAACAUUGAGCUGCCAUCCAGUGCCAGCUACACCCUAAAAACAGCCACUCCACCCCCAAACUAAAUCUGGGAAAACGGGAUGAACUAGUCCUUCCUUUCACAUUCGUCGGGCUACCGGCUUGGGAAUUGGGUGUAAGAGGUGACUACCUAAUGAAUAUAACUUCAGCUCCUAUCUCAUCCCAACCUGCAAACGCCACCCUGCUUUUAGUAGCAGUUAACUGCUUUCCAGUAGUGAGUGUUGCCCAUACAGUGGCAUUUUUUUUUUAUAUUUGCAAAUAUUCUGUAGGGUAAAAAGGCUUUUAAAGUUAUUGCACAAUGCUUUUUUUUUUUUUUUUUGGUUUAGUUUUUGUUGUGUGAGCUUUUUAUCUUUAAUUCAGCACAUUAUGCAAUGGUUUAUAAUCGCCAAAAGUAACGGGUUUGUUCAGAAUUGUGCUUGAAUAUGAGCUUGUUUUGGAAGGCAGAUUGUUUUCAAAGGGAAACUAAUGUAGGGUGAUGUGGCUGUUAACAGAUUGUACUAUUGUUCCCAAACUUGUGAACUGUCAGCUUGUGUUUUGUUUUCUGUGCUGCGUUCUGCACACCCUGUGGUUCUGUAGUAACACAGAAUUUCAAUUCCAGGUUAUUUUUUUUUGUAAAACCCAGUAAAACGUUGAUGACAUUCGCACCCGAACAGCACUUCCCAUUGUAUAGGCAAUAGCCUGUUUGAUUUAGACCCGCUGGUCUGAUUUGCUUUAAAAAUGAAGAGGGGUCAUAUCUAGUUUAGUAGGAGAUUAAGCAGUUCACUAAAAGUAACUUCUUAGGGGAGGGAAAUUUAAAUGCACAGUUAAGUCCAAACAGCUCAAAUACAUCCCCACCCCCCCAAACGAAAUCUCAGAAACCAUAAAACUCAGGAUACACAAUAUAUUCUGCACUAGUGUUUUGUUUCUUAAAACUACUUUAGUCCCUUCUGUGGUUGGCUGCAAAAGUGGUUUUUAAAUCACUGUUUUAUAUAGACGUAAGCUUUAGCUAGUACUGGAGUGUGUCUCUGGUUAGUUGUAGCUGCACUCCCUUUCGGGGAGGGGUGGGGGAGCUGCUUGUGUGGGUUAGUAUUUUUGGAGGGGGGGUCCCUGUUUCCUUUUCCUAGUUUUUUUGGGGGUGGGACUCCUGCUCUUGAAGGCUCUGUGUGAUUAUUGUGUUUGAUAGGAGUGCUCUGUAACAUCGGAAUCUGGUUUUGGGUCAUUAUGGGGAUUAUAAAUAAACUGAAUAAUGAA